AUUUAUAACAAAAAUUAAUAAAUAAAUAAAAUACAACAAUGGGCGGCCAGGGAAAAACAAUAAAUCGCAAACGCAAAUUUGUGGGACGCAAGGAGGAUGACCCCGAAUUUGAUAUGGACAAAAAGAAUUUCAAAGUAAUGUACACAAAUGCCAGCGAGAAGCGUUUGAUAAUUGUGCUCGAAGGUGCACAACUUGAAACAGUAAAGGUAGGUAACACAUUUGAGCUACUAAAUUGUGACGAACAUGGGGGCAUAAUGCGUAAGAACAAUCGUGACCCCGGCUCCUGUCGCCCAGACAUAACACACCAAUGUCUGCUUAUGCUGUUCGAUUCACCGCUAAAUCGCGCCGGACUGCUACAGGUGUUUGUACGCACCGAGCACAAUGUGCUCAUAGAAAUCAAUCCACAGACACGUAUACCGCGCACGUUUAAACGCUUUGCCGGCCUAAUGGUACAGCUCCUGCACAAGUUUCAAAUACGCGCCAGUGAUUCCUCACGUCGCCUCAUGGCCGUCAUCAAGAAUCCCAUAACCAAUCACUUGCCGGUGGGCUGCAAAAAGUAUGCCAUGUCCUUCACAGGUAGACUGGUCAACAAUUGUCGUGAGCUUGUGCCACAUGGCGAGGAAGGCAGUACUGCCUAUGACGAGCCUGUAGUUAUGGUCAUUGGUGCCUUUGCGCAUGGCGCACUCAAAACAGACUACACUGAAGAAUUGCUGUCAAUUAGCAAUUAUCCAUUAUCGGCAGCCAUAGCCUGCUCCAAGCUCUGCACAGCCUUCGAAGAGGUUUGGGGCGUUAUAUAAAUAUAGUCUGUAGCUGUUUAUAUAGUUAACUAUUUGUUUUUUUUUUUCUCUCUGACUAGAAUUAAAAUAAACUGUAAUUUAAAGGAUGCGAAAUUGGUUAUUGCUGCAUUUUUAAACUUAAAUGUUACAGUGCAUACAAUACAAUAAUCCGGAUAACAAGUUGCUUCACAUUGCAGACUCUAUUCUUCUAAUACUUAUCCAGACGGGUUCACAUUGCAUUACAUGUUUAAUAAGAUAAUUAUCAUCAUUUAUCGUGUUGAGAUUAUCGAACUAUUUUUCAACUGGCCAAAUUGAGGUGAAAUAUUCCAAACCAUA